UUAAAAUGGAUUUAUUACAAAACUACAAAGGAGAUUCAUCUUCUGAUGAUGAGACUUCCUCAAUUCAAAUGGAAGAAAUAAAUUCUGAACCUAGAGGAAUUAUAAUGCCUCUAGUUAAUAUAGCACCUCAUGUAGUUGUUUCAAGUCCUGUACAACAAGCGGCUGUAAUUGACCCAAAAACUAAAGAAUUGUAUUACAAUCCAAAAUAUGAGGAGCUUUUUAUGCCUGAUGUUGGCCCUUCAAAUCCUUUCAAAAGCGAACAUCAAAGGGCUCCAAAAAACACCUUAACAGGAUUUGUAGAACCAGCCCACUUCAGCGGAUUCCACUUUGACCGAGCCAUUCGUUCUUAUGACACUCUAGGCUAUGCAGAAAAUCCCUCCGCUGAUGCAGGAGGAAGUUCUUCAUUUGUUGGGGAUGUUGAAAGUGCUCAUUUAACUGGGGGCCGUUCACUUUUUGAAUCGGCCAAGACUGGAGGGCAAAAACGCAAAAGAAUUGUGAAUUACGAUGCUUCUGAUAUUGAUGGAUAUACGGGGCCGUGGGCUAGAUUUGAAGAUCAAAAAAUUGUUGCGAAACCAGAUCCUGAAUUGCAAAAGGAAAUGGACGAGUAUAUCAGAAAAAAGAAAAUGAAGAGCCGUAUAGGACGUAAAUUAGCUAUUGAAGAAUUACACAUGGCCGAAGAAAGUUCAAAAUUGCACAUAAGCGACGACAAAGAUUAUCUUGGACGUUCAUUUAUGGAAGCCCCAAAAAGUAUUGGUGUCAAUUUAAAACCUGAUCACGUCCCGGAAAGAUGUUAUCCCCCAACAAAACAAGCAUAUACGUAUAAUGGACACACUAAACCUGUUACGGCAAUUAGAUGGUUCCCAAAAAGUGCGCAUUUAUUUAUUUCUUGUUCAAUGGAUGGAAAGGUCAAGCUUUGGGAAGUUUAUGGAAACCGAAAACUAAUACGUACAUAUAUUGGACAUAAAGUUCCAGUAAAAGAUAUUUACUUCAAUAAUGACGGGACAGAACUUUUAUCUGCAGCAUAUGAUAAUUAUAUAAAAUUGUGGGAUACUGAAACUGUAAAAUCCCGUUUUACAAUUGGCGCUCAUAGAGCUUAUGUAGUCAAAUUUAAUCCGGAUGAUGACAAACAAAAUUUAUUUUUAGCGGGGAUGUCAAAUAAAAAAAUUAUUCAGUGGGAUACGAGAAGUGGGGAAAUUGAACAGGAAUAUGACCGUCACCUUGGCCCUGUCAACUCGAUUACCUUUUUUGAUAAAAAUAGACGAUUUGUGUCAACAUCGGAUGACAAAUCUCUUCGUAUUUGGGAAUUUGGAAUUCCUGUUGAUACAAAAAUUAUUCAACAUGCUGGGUUACAUUCUAUACCUUCAAUGACGAAAGCUCCAAAUGAAAAAUGGGUCGUUGGUCAAUCUAUGGAUAAUCGAAUUGUGUUGUUCCAAGUAAUGGAUGAUAAACUUAGAUUUGCAAGGAAAAAAGCAUUUAGAGGUCAUAAUACUGCUGGAUAUGCAUGUUCUACAGAUUUUUCGCCAGAUAUGAGUUUUUUGGCUUCUGGCGAUGCAGACGGAAAAAUUACAAUGUGGGAUUGGCGUACACACAAAAUUGUUUCGACAUGGAAAGCUCAUGAAAAUGUGUGUAUUUCUACUCUAUGGCAUCCACACGAAAAAAGUCGAAUGAUUAGUUGUGGAUGGGAUAAUACAAUAAAAAUGUGGUUUUAA